CAACUUAAGUCUCAUCAAGAUCAUAGGCACUCAUACAAGGACCUGGAAGCCCUCAGGUGAUCUGAUUCUUCGAUAAACCUAAUUUUGUAUUAAGUGUUUGACGGAUUUCUUUGUCAGUGCAGUCAUAUGACCUGAUUUAUAACCAUUGUUAUGGAGGAAAAGAGAACUGUGACUUUCCGAGAUGUUUCCAAGAGCUAUUUCUCACAGUCAAGGGUGGAUUGUCGCUACACUAUAAGCAGUCAUCACAGCUGGAGCAGUUAUGACUGGAUAGGUAUUUUUAAGGUGGGAUGGCUGACAGUGAAUGAUUACUACACUUUUGCUUGGGCUCUAGCACCAGAAGGGUACCAAACAGGAACAGAUGCAAACUGUUGUGUGGCUUUUCAUUCAUCUUAUCUGCCAAAACCUGGUAGGGAGGCAUAUCAGUUUGCUUAUGUGGAUGAACGUGACGAGAUAUGUGCAGUCAGUUCUCAGUUUACUUUUUGUGCUCCAAAACCUCUGGAUGAACUUGUUACACUAGAGCAGGACAAAAAUGGCGAUGAAGAGGUGGGGGGAGAUGACCUGCUGGUGGUGGUGCCAAAGGCUCUGAUCCUGCAGGAUCUCUUAGAAGGAUGUCAACGUGAGUUACAUGAUCUGCGUAAGAGGUUUGAGUCUACUGAUGCUGAGGCCGAGACAGAAAGGGAAAGAUGGAAAGCUGAAAAACAUGAGCUUGAAAGAGUAAAACAUGAAAUGAAGAGUCAGAUUGAUGAGCUUAAAAGCAACCUGAGGCAAAGUACUGAAAUAAUUGAGGAACUCCAGCAAAAACAAAAGGAUGUGCAAAGCACUCAUGAAAACAUAGCUGCUGAAUGUAGUGGGCUGCUAGCAGAGAGAGAUGAAAAUCAUCAGCAAAUCAAAGAACUCCAACAGGAUGCUGCCACUCUGUCUCAACAAAAACAAGACAUAGAGGCCGAGCUUGAGAGAAUGAAGGAAAGAGUUAAAAAGAUGACCACACAAAGGGGAGAUGAAGAAAAGGAGAAGAAAUACUUGCAGAUAGAGAAUGAGCAGGCACAUGCUGAGCUGCGGACCUUGCAGGAGCGCCUGGAGGCUAGUGAACGUAGCACUGAGGCCCUUCGCAGGGACCUGAGUGAACUGGGCUCCUUGCAGAGUCACAGUCAUGCAGAGCUGCAUCAGGUCAGACUUCAGUCUGCACAGAUGAGUUUACAACUGUCCCAGGCCAACCUGUCACUGCGUGAGGGGCAAGCCACCUGGGCCCAGGAGAGGGACACUUUAAGACAAAGUGCAGAGUUGGAUAAGGAUCGUAUUCAGAAACUGAGCCGUGAGCUUCAGAAGAAGGAAGAGUGGCUCCAUGAGGAGAGAACCGAGCGAGAAAAACUGGAAGUAGAGCUGGGGAACGAGAAGGACUGUAACCGGGAACUGAGAGCCAGUUUGAGAGCCCUGCAGAAGGAACAAGAGCAGCAUCAGCUGGAGAAAGAGGAGCUCUUAGAUCAUAUCCAUGUGCUGGAGCUGAGACUAGACACAGAGACAGAUGCUAAGUGGGCUGAGGCUGCAGCUACUCCAACAUCUAGCAUUGAUAGCCCUCCAUCAGUUGAAGAAAAUCCACUGCAAGAUUCUUUUUCUGAACAUACUUUAUGUGUGCCAGAUCAUGAACAAUCCAGCUUUCAUGUGUCAGCAGAGCAAAGCCAAAAGGAUAAUGAAAUCAAUAUGAGGCAAGAGGACCUAGAAGUGGAGCCAUGUUCCAGUGUCAUUGCUGACAAAACUUUACUGCUUUCUGAACAUAACAACAGUGUAUUCAGUGUUCUUGCUGACGCCCCCAUGUGGUGAACCAGACGUGGAAUAGAAAUGAAUGUGUGUGCAGCCUGUUUACAUCAGAGCAUGGUCAUAUGCUCCUGAUCAGUGUGAAAUAUCAAAACAGUUUUCCAAGAUGGCUUAUUUUAUAGCCAGUGUGUAAUCUUAUAUAUGUGACGCUGGAGCACCAAAUGAGUCUUAAGUCGCUGGGGUAUAGUUGUAGCAAUAGCCAAAAAUAUAUUGUAUGGGUCAAAAUUAUCGAUUUUUCUUUUAUGCCAAAAAAUCAUUAGGACAUCAAGUAAAGAUCAUGUUCCAUUAAGAUAUUUUGUAAAUGUUCUACUAUUGUAAAUAUAUUGAUAUUUGAUAUUGUAAAUACAUCAAAACAUAAUUUUUGAUUAGUAAUAUGCAUUGCUAAGAACUUCAUUUGGACAAUGUUGAAGUCGAUUUUCUCAAUAUUUAGAUUUUUUUAUAACACUCCCAGACUCCAGAUAUUCAAAUAGUUGUAUCUCAGCCAAAUAUUGUCCUAUCCUAACAAACCAUACAUUCAUGAAAAAGGUAUUAGAUGAUGUAUAAAACAUUUUUUUUUUUUUUUUUAAAUGGACCCUUAUGACUGGUUUUGUGAUCCAGAGUCACAUAUAUUAGAAGUGUAGGUGUGGGUGUUCCAGUAGUGUGAAUUAGUUUGUUGUGUUGGUAUGAAUUUCCAGUAUGGUAAUAUACAGGAACUUUAGGUAUGUUUUCUAGAUAUUCCAUUUAUAGCACAUACAUACAUACAUAAAGGCAGUGGUUUGGUUUAUACUUUGUUUUAAGGUGUUUUGUUACAGUGUAAUUAUACAUUUUAAUACUGAGUAAUAAUAAUUAACUAAACAUACUUACUUUAUGGUUAGGGUUAGUAUCAGGGUUUGGUUUAGGGUUACUUGCAUGUAACUAUGCAUAAUUUACAUGUAUUAUAAUAGUAGGUACAUGUAAAGUUUAACAAGGACACCUUAAAAUAAAAUUUUCCUGUGGAUUGUUAUAUUUUAGAUGUAAUAUGAAUAAGUCAAAUGAGCUGCAAUUUUAACCAAUGAGAUUAUGAGAUUACAUUAAAGAAUGCUAUUUUUUGUUUAGAUAGGUGUGCUGGGUAUGGUUGCCUGUUCGUUAUCACUUAACCAUGACGUAAGUGAUUCAGGUGCUAAGUUUCCCUUUUACUGUAGUGUUUUAAUUGUUAUGUUAUUUCACGUCACAAUUUUAUCACUAUUUGUUCUGUUCUUAGUUUGUGGUGCUGUUAUGUUAUCCAUUCUUGAUAUAAAGUGUAAGUGGUCCUUCAGCCUGGACGGUUUGACAUUAAGUUCCUGUGGCUCAGGGGUAGAGCAUUGUGUUAGCAACACAAAAGGUUGUGGGUUCAGUUCCCAGGGAACACACAUACUGCACUGUAAGUCGCUUUGGAUAGAAGUGUUUGCUAAAUGCAUAAAUGUAAAGUCUUAAAAUAGUACCUUGUUGUACUGCCUUCUCUAAACUUUUAACCAUUAAAUAAAAAAAGCAGAGUGAUGGCCCUAACUUUGUAA